UAAAACCCUCUUUUGCAGUAAACCCUCGAAGGUCAGCUAUGGCGCUUUCCAAGCCUUCACUGUUCAAUCACUUGGCCAAAACCCUAGCGAAAUCCGGCCGUUUAUCGCCGCACGCGCCGCCGCCGAGGACCUUCCUUCCUGUUCGAUUCUUCUCAUUUGCCACGCCUGAAGAAGCUGCCGCCGAGCGUCGCAAACGGAAGCGCCGUCUUCGUAUCGAGCCCCCACUCUCCUCCCUCCGACAACAGCAGCAGCCUCGCCCGACUCCGACGCCUGCACCCCAAAAUCCUAACGCUCCUAAGCUCCCAGAACCGGUAUCUGCACUUUCCGGCAACCGCCUCAACCUCCAUAACCGUAUCCUCAAGCUCAUCCGUGAGAACGAUCUCGAAGAGGCCGCGUUGCUCACUCGCCACUCGAUAUACUCUAAUUGCCGACCGACGAUUUACACGUGCAAUGCAGUAAUGGCGGCGCAGCUGCGGCAGGGUAAGUAUGCUGAGCUCCUCUCACUUCACAGGUUCAUUACACAAGCUGGCGUUGCUGCAAAUGUCGUUACGCACAAUCUCCUCCUCAAUGUCUAUCUCGACUGCCGGAAAACUGAUUUGGCUCUGGAGCAAUACAAGCAGUUAAUUAACGAUGCUCCAUUCAAUCCCUCCCUCAGCACUUACAGAAUUCUGAUCAAGGGGCUUGUGGACAAUCAGCUAGUUGAAAAGGCAAUUGAGAUUAAGGAUGAAAUGGCAGGGAAGGGUUUUAAGCCGGAUCCUACUGUUUAUGCCUAUUUGAUGUUGGGGCAAGCAAAGAAUUCGAACGCAGAAGGGGUUUUUGAGUUGUAUGAGGAGUUGGAACAGAAAAUGGAAACAGAUAAGAUAUUGGAUGGCGUGGUUUAUGGGAAUUUGAUGAAAGGAUACUUCUUGAAAGGAAUGGAAACAGAGGCAAUGGAGUGUUACAGGAGGGUUGUGGGUGAGGAUUCGACUGUUACUAUGAAUGCAGUCGCCUAUAAUUAUAUUUUAGAGGCUUUGUGCAAGAAUGGGAAGCUUGACGAGGCGCUGAAUCUGUUCGAGAAGAUGAAGACUGUCCAUGAUCCUCCUAGAAAACUGACUGUAAACUUGGGAAGUUACAAUAUUAUCGUUGAUGGGUAUUGUGCAGAGAAUAGAUAUAGUGAGGCCAUUGAAGUUUUCAAUAGUAUGGGGGAGAAAAGGUGCAGUCCCGAUACUUUAUCAUACAAUGUGCUGAUCGAUCAGUUAUGUAGAAAUGAAAUGUUUGUUGAGGCAGAGAAUCUGUACAAAGGAAUGGCUGAUAAGAAUGUAAGCCCGGACGAGUACACCUUUACUGUUCUAAUGGAUACUUGCUUACAGGAGAAUAGAACAGACGAUGCAGCUCACUACUUCAAGACUAUGGUUGAGUCGAAGCUGAGACCAAACAUGGCAGUCUAUAAUAGAUUGAUUGAGGGGUUGAUUGAUGUUGGUAAGGUUGAUGAGGCGAAGUUUUUCUUUGAAAUGAUGUUGCCUAAACUGAGGAUGAACGAUGAUGCAUACAAGUGCAUCAUGAAGGCAUUGUUUGAAGCUGGGAAGCAUGACGAAGUGCUGAAAAUUGUUGAUGGAAUGUUGAGGGAGGAUCCAAAUGAUUUCACUGAGGAACUGGAGGAGUUCGUCAGAGAAUGGUUGAGAAAGGAAGGGCGUGAAGAUGAGUUUACAAAUAUUAGAUCGACCAUUGAAAAGGAGAAGGCUGAGGCUGCAGCUAAAGCUGCUGAAGAAGCUGAACGAGCCAAGGCCAAUGCCAAGGCUGCAGUUGCUUCUUUGCUGCCUUCCAAGUUGUUGAAUAACGAGAACAAGAAGUCAGAAGAAGCAGAAGAAUCUACCGAAGAUACUGCAGCCACCUCUGCUUCUUUGGACGAAGAAACGCUGCCUGGGAAGGAUGGAGCAGCUGAAAUUGAGGGUAGUGUUGUAAGCAAGCAAGGAGCGGCUUGAUGUGGGAGCAUGGAUUAAGGAAGAAGAAAUCAACAGAAUAGAGGGAAGAAAGGAAAGUAGAGAGAGAGAGAGAGAGAGGGAGGGA